UUUCUUCCUCCAUAACAUCGCCACAGAUUUCCAAGUUAAAUAUACCAAAUGUUUGAAAGCUAAGUGAAUGCAGAUUUUGUGAUACAUAAUGAUUUAAAGUUCAGAUACAUUGAAUAACUCCAAAAUCGUGCCAUAUUUCUACUGUAACAGUACUAUGAUCAAUGCAGCAUGCUCUGAAUCUUUCAAAUAAAUAAGUUAUGUUCUCCAGCAUAUCUGCCCAGAAUUUUGCAUUCAAUACAUCAGUUGAAAGCUAUAGAUAUGAAUAUAAUAGAUUUCUAAUUAAAGAAAAUUGUGAUUUGGCGGUCAGGCUAGCUGCACUGUGUGGAAACACUGUAGUCUCCUUCGACCACCACAGUUGCCUCCACGCGGCACCAUCUUGAAUUUUGCACAAGGUUGAAAUGGUCUGCCAGACUUUUUCAAACUCAAGAUCAAAUAACUCAUGAUUGUAGUCCUUAAUGGUAAACCUCUUCACAUGGUCAUCAAGCUUAAGCUGAUUUGUAAAUUUUUUGCCCAGUUAAAGGACAUUACUCUGUUACACUAUUUCUAUUGCAACUGAAAACAAAAUAAUUGAUGCAAUUUAUGGCUCCUCUAAAUGUCAAUGCCCAGCUUGAGGAAGGGCACUGAAUAUGCUAAAAAGGUUUUUAAAGGAAAGCAUGAAGGGAAACCGAAUUGUCCAGAUGGUUAGGAUGGUGGAGAGGUUUCAAUCCAAUACCUCUUUGGGCAGGUUAUGAAUUAUAUUAAUUUUUUGGAAGCCACACAAUUUGGAUCAAAAACAAUUGGCUGGGACUUUGCAAUAUCUGGGUGCGCCCCAAAAGCGAUAUUUAAAUUACCUUUUCCGUCUUAUAAAAUCAGGUCCUUACGUGUACGUAAUCACCUGCUUUGGAAAAUACUAACUAAAGACUAUUAAAUUUGCUAAUUUUAGAACUCAUUCUUUUCUUACUCAACAGUUUCGAACCUUGCCUUAUCUGAGUAUGAAAAUCUGCAUUCGAAGUUUGAGGUGGAGCAAAGUUGCAGGAAUAAGGCAGAGGAGUUUGCCACAAAUAUGGUUCAAGAAAACAAGAAGCUCAAGCGUCAAAGCCAGCUACUCAUCUCACAAGUUGGUGGACAAGUGAAUCUGGAGGAGCUGUCUUCCCCUGAGGUUUUUAAAACUGAUGAACAAUCUUUAAGUGACAGUGCAGUUCUUCAAGAAGAAAUCAAAGAACUGAAAGGUUUAGUGGAAUCAUUAAAGAAUGAGGUGAAGAGUACCAAAGAGGAGUUGACUGCCACACAAAAUAAGUUAAACAAAGAAAAACAUUCCCAUGAAAGUACAAAGAAGAGGCUGUUUGCAAAUGAAAAACAGUUCAAACAGUUAAACAGAGUUUCUGUACUGGCCCUUGAAGAGUAUAGCACCCUGCAACAAAAGUAUGCUCUUGAAAGUCAAUGUCGUUUUGAAGCUGAAAAGUAUGCAGCAGAGGUGUUAAGGGAGAAAGAUGUGUUGGAUCAGCAAAGGAAAUAUAUCUCUGAGACAACAAGCAAAGAUGAACAACUGAAGAAAGCACUGGAAGAGAUCAGUGUACUGAACAAGAAGCUUGCAGAAGAAAGAACAGAAUCUGAAGAAAAGAUAAAGGAUCUUCUGGAAGAAAUGAAGGCUUCCAAGGACGAAGGGUAUAUCAGUGUGACAGAAGGGAAGCUUCAGGUGGCACAAGAGCAUAUAGAGUCUCUAGAACAGCAGCUUGCAGAUGCAGAGAAGAAAGCCUCUGAUGCUAACCAGAAAGUUUCAGAGCUGGAGAAAAGCUUAGAAGAAGCACAGAAACAGGCAGCUGCCCCACCCCCGCCAGUAGCAGCUGCUCCACCCCCUCCCCCUCCCCCUCCUCCACCACCUCCCACUCAACUUAUCAAGAAGUUCAUGAACAUUGUGGGACCAAAGAAAAAGAAGGACAGUCUAAAGCGGAACAAAGGUCCAAAAGACCCACUUGCUAAUGCCAUGACUGAAAUGAUGGAAAGAAUAAAAACUGGUAACAUACAGCUUAAGCCUGUCAGAACUCCUUCAAGUGGAAGCAACGAAAGCGACGAAACAGAUGUCAUAUCAGAUUUGGGGAAUUUGCUGAAAUCGUUGAAGAGAAAUCCGAGCGUUGAUGUCGGCCCAGGAAUAACCUCACCCACAGACGAACCAGGAGUUGAAUGGGCAAACAUCAAACUGCGCAAACUGAGCUCCAAUGUUGAAUCUUGUAGAGGGACAUCAGGAGGAGCCGAGAAUAAUAACAGCGAACUAAAAACAGUGACUUUAAGAAAACCACGAAGUCACUCUGCCGGAGACAUUCUUGAUGAACGACCGAAAGACGAGGCUACUGCAGAGCUGAAGAGGAUUCUACAGAGACAAAAAGCCGCCGCAGAGAAAGAAGAACCAGAGAAAAAGGAUGGAAGCGUUUGUGAAAAUGGAGCGGCAUGAGUGAGACAAAUAGAGGUUUUGGGGAAGAUUUUGAAUUGUUUUACAGACACCCAUUUUAUGAGUGUUUAACUUUAAAAAAAAGCAAUACAUGAUAGAUGGCUAUUUUGUGAAUUUGUGUCGCGUUGCACCCUCCGUCACGCAACUUUCUACGUUAGGUAGAAGUGUUACGUGACACGUCCGAAAUCUCGGAGAAUGCGUUUGUUGGUUGAUAAUGUUUUCUGUAAACACGUGACUGACAAAUUGCAUUUCCUGAUAACCUAGGAUUUUAACACAAGGUCUUGCUAGAACUUGAGAGGCAAAUACUAUUGUAGUAAUGUUUAACAUGCAUAUCGCAUCAACAGUUCAGAACAUCAAAGUCAAAAGAAAAAAAACAGCUAUUUGUAUUGUAAAAGAAUGCCUUAUAUUUAAGUCUAGAGAAAAGAAGUCGUAUUUGUUGGUUUUCUUUUCUCAGGAGUGUUCGAGGGAAACAGUUUAAAUGCAGUUAUGAGAAUUGAUUGCGAGCUUAAGCCAGGUUUUCACUGGCGACGCAAGCACAAGCGAAGGCACCGGCGCAAGCACAGCAAUUCUUAUUUCACCGUGAAGACGGCCUUGUCGCAGGCAUAAGCGCAAGCGCAAGAACAAGCACAAGGAUCAAAAUUUUGCCUUUUUCUUGCCCUCGUGCUUAUCCUUGCGUUUGCGUUGCAACAAGUGAAAACGAAAUACCGCUCAGGCAUAACAAAAGCACAAGGAUAUUACCACACGUGGUUAUGUUUGGCCAAGAAAACGCUGCAUCCAGAUUGCUUUGCGCCUAAACAGUUUCGAAGGUUCGGAUGAUUUUGCUUGUGCUUGUGUUUGCGUCGAAUUUCGUUUUCAUUUGGGUCAUCCCUAUUGCUUGCG